AUCGAGCCGCCACGGAGGAAAUGAAAUGCGUACCCGAUACAUGUCAUUGACAGGGGGGUGUGAGGUCUGACGAAAGGUUCGAAAACUCUAAAUAGAAUCAUGUGUCUAAGUUGAAACCAAGAUGCUCCGUGCGCUCUCCAGAAGAACCACCUCUCUGCAGGUGGUGCGACGGGCAAGUCCGCCGUAUAGUUCCUGGCUCUCCGCUACGAGUCGCUCCUGUGCUGGGGGUCAUGUUGAACCCAGAGCCCAGGAGUCCUGCUGGGCUGCUGAGCCACGCUCCAAGCAGACAGGAUGUGGCCUGGUGCGACGCCACCCUGUGGCCGUUGGCGGUUUCACCGGCGAUUGGCCGCUCCAGCGGACCCAGUCUUUCCACGGCUCUGCGGUGAAGCUAAAGAAACGUCAGCAGCCAGAUCCGCCUCCCAGGGAGCUGGACCUUCUGCGCUACGACAUGAAGCACUUGUGGAAAGGCCCCAAGCCAGCGCUCUACCUGGGGAUGGCCGGGCUCAUCCCCUUCGUGGCCCCUCCUCUGCUCAUGGCCGUGACCGAGGCUUACCUCCCGGAGUUGGCCUACAUCCAGGUCGCCUACGGAGCCUCCAUCAUCUCCUUCCUGGGUGGAUCUCGCUGGGGAUUUACCCUUCCUGAGAGCAGCCCUGCCAAGCCUGACUGGAUCAACCUGGCCAAUAGCGUGGUCCCCUCGCUGCUGGCCUGUGCGGCCAUGCUGCUCAGUGACAGUAUUACCCCGGCAGCCACCCUGGUCAUCAUGGGGCUCGGAGUCUCCCUGCACUACGACCUCUCUCUCCUGCCCACCUACCCCAGCUGGCUGAAGGCCCUUCGCGCCGUGUUGACCACAGUGGCUUUCCUAUCACUGGUGGGCACACUCGUAAUGGAUGGGCUCUUUCCAGUUAAAAUUAUUUUUUCAAAUUAAUAAAAUAAAUGUAUUAGUUCAAGGAUAUGUUGUUAACUAUGAAGGUAAAGAAAUAGAUGAUAAACUGUUCAGAUGUCUGUAUUUUUGCUUCGUUCUGAAAUGUGUGAAGAGAGACUAAGUCAAGACAGA